CGGACAUGGAAGCCGUGAAAAGUAAGAGAAAACAGUUCCUCUUAAUCUCAAAGUAGAAAUCACUCCCCCACUUCUCUUCCUAGAGCAAAAAUGCUGCACAUUUUCUUCAUUCUUCUUUUGAGCUCAUUUUCUCUACUUUGCAUGCCAAUGGUCAACUUCACCUUUCCCAUUCCUCACCCUAACCCAGAUGAAGUUGCUCAACAAGUUCAAAGAAGAGUAAAUGCUUCUAUGUCAAGAAGGCAAAUGCUCCAAAUAUCUGAAAAAGACCAGUCCACAUGCCUAACAGGAAACCCUAUAGAUGAUUGCUGGAAGUGUGAUCCAGACUGGGCCAACAACCGUCAGAGGCUAGCCGACUGCGCCAUAGGGUUCGGGCAGUAUGCAAUGGGAGGGAAGAAUGGUAAAUAUUAUAUAGUCACUGACUCUUCUGACGAUGAUGCUGUUAACCCAAAACCAGGAACCCUAAGAUAUGCAGUGAUACAAGUAGAGCCCUUGUGGAUUGUGUUUCCAAGUAAUAUGCUUAUUAAGCUUUCCCAGGAACUCAUUUUCAAUAGCUACAAGACUCUUGAUGGACGUGGGGCUAAUGUGCACAUUGUGGGCGGUGGUUGCAUUACGCUCCAGUAUAUAACCAAUGUUAUCAUUCACAAUAUUCAUAUCCACCAUUGUGUCCCUUCAGGUAAUACAAAUGUGCGUUCAAGUCCAACCCACUAUGGGUACCGGACAAAAUCAGACGGUGAUGGGAUAUCCAUCUUUGGAUCAAAGGACAUAUGGAUUGAUCACUGCUCACUCUCUCACUGCAAGGAUGGUUUGAUUGAUGCAGUAAUGGGAUCCACAGGGAUCACAAUAUCAAACAACUUCUUCUCUCAUCACAAUGAGGUGAUGCUGCUGGGUCACAGUGAUGAUUAUUUACCAGACUCAGGGAUGCAGGUGACCAUAGCCUUUAACCAUUUUGGAGAGAAGUUGGUGCAGAGAAUGCCAAGGUGUAGAAGAGGAUAUAUACAUGUGGUGAAUAAUGAUUUUACAAGGUGGGAGAUGUAUGCAAUUGGAGGUAGUGGUAACCCUACAAUUAACAGCCAAGGCAAUCGUUACACUGCUCCCACCGAUCGCAAUGCAAAGGAGGUAACAAAGAGAGUGGACACAACAGAAGGGGAGUGGAAGGGAUGGAAUUGGAGAUCAGAAGGAGACGUAAUGGUAAAUGGAGCUUUUUUUGUAACAUCAGGACAAGGCUUGGAGGUUAAGUACGAGAAAGCCUACAGUGUGGAGCCCAAGUCUGCUGUUCUUAUUGAUCAAAUCACCAUGCACGCUGGUGUUUUGGGUGUUGGUGGAAGGGACAACAACCUAGGAAUGUGGAAUGCCGGAGAUAAUGGUGGUGGAGAUAGCCAUGAUUCCGGUGAUGAUUACCUGGAUGACUACUCAGGAAGCAUUUCUCCAUUGUCACAUCCAACGACCAACGGUCUUUUUUCCAUUUUCAUUGCUCUGUUUUGCUUAAUAUUUUUUCACAUUAUAGCCCUUAUUUCCAUGUUAUAGCUAGCAAUAAGUUGUGCUUUCUUUCAAUUCACAUCAGCUUCUGCUGGAAAACAACUGUACAAUUUGUUUGUCACUAAUUCUUGCAACAUUAAUCCCCACCUGAAUUUCUGCUA